CUAAACUACCACUUUAAUACACGGAUGACUAACUAUAUUGAAAACUAAUAAGAAACUUCCUAUUCACAAGCUGUUAAUAAUCGAUCACAAAUGUGUCGGAAACAGCUCACGUAUGUCGGGACCAGAAAGUGAGUAGUCCUGAGGUUGGAGUGGGGUUAUAGUUCCCAAUAAACAUAGUAAUUUGUCUGAUGAGAUUGUGAAAUUUUAUCGACUGAGUUUAGGGAAAUAUAUGUAGUGCAUACCUGGUCAAAAGCUAUUCUGACUUGCUGUUCUGGUGAGCAUAUGUUUGGUUUUGAGGAAUGCUAGAAUGGGACAUCACAUCAAAUCAACAACUACAGAACUGAUCCUUGUUGGAAACUAUAAGUUCAUUAUAGUCAUAAUCUGUUGUUGGAUACCAUUGGAUGACCUAUCUCCGAUAUAUAUAUACACAUAUAUAUAUACGCGAAAAAUUACUUCCUAAAAUAUUCAUUUUCCCAUUUAUUUAGAACAUUUUAUUAUUCAUGGUUUCAGAUUACUUGCGUUGCGUGAUGUUUUUUUCAACCAUUGUUUAUCCCGAAAUGUAGUGUUGUGUAGAUGACAACUAGUAAUCAGGAAAUCAACAAACCUAGUCAGUUCAUGAAGUCAUUAACUGUUGGUUCGACUCUUAUGAAGAUGUUCUGACUACAGACCUAGUUUUGUUCCGUGAGAUAAUUGUGACCAACGAUCGAAAGCAUUAGAUGAGGCGGCAUGAGUUAAUUAAAAUGGCGUAGAUUCAUCCUGUAUUAUCCCGUUUUUCUAUAUUCUCUACACGUACUCUUCUAUAAUAUCCUGUAUACUACUACUAUUCGAAAUUGUUUGCUAUUCACUCGGUUUUUUUUCUAUUUGUACUUAUAUAGCAUAGCAGCUUGAGUGGAUACACCUUUAAACCAGGUCCUACUUCGAUUAUGACUGGCUGAUGUAUCUGGUUAUAAAUUUUUGUCACAUUGAACAUAAUACUUUAUUAUUCAACCACAACCAAGUACAAAAAAUUGUAACCAUCCGGCCAAAAAUAUAGCUUAGAUAACAUGAAGAUAGAUUAGUAGAGUCAGCCAAUGCACGUUUUAAAAUACUGAGAAAACAGACAACAGAUGUUAUACUUUAAGUUUUGUGUAGCUAGUUGAGUUUACGCACAAGUCAAUUAAUUCCCGUUAAUCUAGUUGAUUAAUGUAUGUAUUAAGCUAGUUAUGUGGUUACUCUCACCCUCAUGUUUUAUAAUUUCCAAAACGCUAAUAGAAUUUAAUUAAUUAAGUCACACACAGUAUGAAACGCACGUCCUGGAUUCUACUGCCGGCCCCUAUCUUACUCUGUCUAAAAUGAAUUGAUUUUAGUUGCAAAUGUAAAUCUCAGAACCUGUCUCGUUGAUCACUCACUCGUUGAAACGUCUAAGGGUUUUAUAGUUGGUCUCUGUUAGGUUUAUGAGUACCACCUGGUGAUUAUGGUAAUCUCAAUCUAAAACAUGACGUUUGCCUGUCGCUCCCUGCUUUUCAAUGGUAUCACGAUGGAUGUUAACCUAUUGUAAAAGCUGUCUUACGAAUCUUUUUCUAACUAUCAUUUAAUGUUAUUUCACUCAAACUAUGAAAUAUAUUAUGAAAUUAAUAAAUUUUCUUUUGUCUGUAAAUAGUUUUGGCAUAUAUACCUUUAUUCUCUAGGUUUUAAGUCCUUUUGCUCAAAUGAAAAUACUUUCUUAUCACUAGUUGGAGAAAAAUGGAUGAACAAGAAGAAACUUGGUAUAUGGAUGACUAUGAAGAAGAACUACUUGAGGAGAUAGACGAGGAAGAAGGAGACAAUGAUCUGUCGGGAAAUUAUUUAGAUAAUCUAGAAACUAUUGAAGGGGAUGAUGAUUAUGAAGAUGUUUUAUUCGAGAAUGCAUUAUCCAUAAAGUCUAUAUCGUCAGAAAUAUUAUCAUGCACUACACCAGUUUUGAAACAAGCCUAUUGGUUACUGAUUUUGAUAUUUGUUUCAUGUCUUCUAUGGCGUAUCGUACAAUUUGUACUGAACAAAUGUUUCCCUUCAAAUGGGAAAAUUUGCCGCACAUUUGUCACAAUAAUCCUCCAUAUCUUUUCCAUUUGUCUUGGUUUAUUAGUUUUAUAUUAUGCUUCAUAUGAUCUGUGGUGGAUUGUUAUUGGCCUUAUAAUUACCUUAACACUAUUAUUUACCUUAAAUAUUAACUCUGAUAUUUCUAAUUCAUAUGGGAAAUAUGCUAAUUGGGAAUUAUUUGUAACAAUUGGAAUUUGUUCAUCUGUUCAGUUAUACUGCGAGUUUAACAAAAAUCCUGUUAAAUGGCAUCAAAUUCGUGGUAGUAUUAUGAUAAUUAUUAUGAAAUGUAUAUCUUUUUCUAUGGAAAAUAAAAAAUUUUAUAAAAUGAUCAAUAAAGAGCCUUGCUGCAUACUACUGUGGACACCAUUAUAUCGUGGAUUACUUUGGUUAUCUUAUUGUCUGUGUCCAGCUAGUUUAUUGUUUGGUCCAUGGUUUAAUCCAUUAAGAUAUGAAGAAAUGGUUAGAAACUAUGCUGUUAUUGAUAGACCUUUUUCUUUAAAAAAUACUAUAAUUUCACUUUUUCAUACAGUUAAAUUAUUUGGGCUAUCUUUGUUAUAUUUAACUUAUUCGACUUGUUUCUCUCAUACACUGGCUUUGAUAUUGAAAUUUCAACCUUGGCUUCAUGCUUAUUUUGCAUCACAAAGUUUCCGUUUCAGUCAUUAUUUCGUAUGUAUAUCAAGUGAAUCUUCCAUGACAGCUUUAGGAUAUUAUGAUAAAUAUUCAAUAAAAUCAAACAAACAAGAAAAUACUGAGGAGAAAGACAAUUCAAAAGUUGUAUACAAACCUAUUGUGGUAACUCGUCCAUUGUUCAUUGAAUUUCCUCGAUCGUUAGUGGAAGUUGUUAUUUACUGGAAUUUGCCAAUGCAUACUUGGUUAAAACAAUAUGUAUACAAGCCGUUACGUCCAUAUGGACAUGUGUAUGCUAUAUUGGGAACCUAUACAGCUAGUUCAUUAUUACAUGGUUUGAAUUUUCAACUUAGCGCUGUUUUAUUUUCUAUUGGAAUCUAUGCAUAUAUUGAAUAUGUCUUUCGGGAAAAAUUGGCCAAGAUUCUAGAUGCAUGUAUUGCCAGUCGUCCAUGUCCUGAAUCCUGUUGUCAUAGUAACAAGAAUUCAUUCUGGGUAUAUUGGUGCAACGUAGCCUUCGGUUGUUUGGCUAUAUUUCAUUUGGCUUAUUUAGCUGUAAUGUUUGAUACGAGUGAACAGCAAUUUAAGGGCUAUAAUAUGUGGCAUACUAUGGAUAAAUGGUACAAUUUAGGAUUUCUCAGUCAUAUUGUAGCCUUUGCAAAUUUCUUAUUUUAUUUAUAUUUAUAAAUAAAUAUCGAAUAAACUAUGUAUUUGUUUGUAGAGAAUAAAACAUUUAUCUAUCACAACUAAACUUAUGCAAAAUGUAUUUUCUUAUCACUCACUCAGCAUGUAUUUCUUAAUAAUAAUGAAAUGAAAGUUUAUUUUCCUUUCAAGUAUAAACAACAAAGAAAGGUAUUAUUAACACUGUUGAUGAGUUUUGUACAUGUACAUGAUCUCUAAUGAAGUUAGAUUUUUUAAAUCAUAUAAAUUUCUUUCUCUCUGACAUUGGUUUAAUUAGAGAAUUGUUAUUUAAAUAAUGUUCUCAGACUACUAUUUGCCUUGGUUUUAUUUUUGUUGAGAAAUGUUUUAUCGGCUAGUCAAAAUGGAGUCAUGUUCAUGGGAAUUGAAUAAUAUCUUCUAAUGUAAUAAUUAUCAAUUCAGGAAACUAAUUUUGGAAAAUAAACUCUGAAUAACAUUUUCUAAAAUAAGUUUGGAAGUUCAA